AUGGUGCAAGGUUUUUUUGAAGACCAAUCGGUUUGUCCUAACUUUAAUCAUACCUUUUUGUGUUUGAUUCCUAAGAUUACUAAUGCCUCUCGAUUUGAUCAAUUUCGGCCUAUUAGCCUAUGUAAUUUCUGCUAUAAAAUCAUCUCUCGUAUCCUAACGGACAGAUUGAAAAAAGUUAUUGACAGAUUAGUCUCCCCUUUCCAGUCUGCUUUCGUCCCGGGUAGAUGGAUAGCGGAAUGUUCUAUCAUGGCUCAAGAGGUUCUUCAAAGUUUUAAGAGAAAGAAAGGAAAACAUGGGGUGAUGGCGAUAAAAACUGAUAUGAGUAAAGUGUAUGACCGCUUGGAAUGGACCUUCCUCCUUCGGGUUUGGAAAGCAAAUGGAUUCAGCGAUCAUGUAUGCUCUAUCAUCAUGACUUGUGUGACCUCGGUCACUUAUUCGGUCCUCCUUAAUGGGGCCCCUUUGACUCCCUUCAAUCCUAAACGGGGCCUUCGUCAAGGGGACCCGCUAUCUCCGUUUCUUUUCAUCCUGUGUAGCGAGGUCUUAUCGAAGCUAAUCCUUAGAGCUGAGAUUAAUGGGGAGUGGAAUGGGGUAAAGGUGUCUCGAAUGGCAACUCCGAUUACACACCUAUUUUAUGCCGAUGAUGCAAUCUUUUUCUGUAAGGCGAAUGGCUCGAAUGCGAAUGCUCUUAUGCAAUGUAUCUCUCAAUACGAAGAUUGGUCUGGCCAAAAGGUGAACAAACAAAAGAGUGGAGUGGUUUUUUCUCCUAAUACCUCUCAAAGGUGCAAGGAUGAGUUGAAGAACAUGAUCGGUAUGAACUGCCUUCGGAGGGACGAGAAGUACUUGGAUAAUCCUUUUUUCUUUUCUGCUAACAAGAGAAAGGAUUUCAAUUUUCUUAAAGAGAAAAUGAUGUCUCGGUUGGAAGGAUGGAGAGCAAAAAAUUUGUCUCAGGCGGGUAGAACGACCUUGGUUGGCUCGGUCCUUCAGAGUAUUCCGGGGUAUUUUAUGUCCACAGCCUUGGUCCCUAAAGCUCUUUGUGAAGAGUUGGAUAGGAUUGUUGCUCGUUUCUGGUGGGUGGGGAAUUCGGCUAAGGAUAGAUACAGAGCUUUUAAAAGUUGGCAGGAGAUUUGCCAACCCAAGCGUUGUGGUGGUUUGGGUUUGAGAAGAUUUAGUGACAUUAAUAAGGCUAUGUUGGCCAAGCUUUGUUGGAUGGUUCUUACGGGCAUGGAUAAGGCUUGGGUUAAGUUGAUGGAGGCUAGAUAUUGUCAUGUUGCGGAUGCUUGGAGAGUGGAGAAAAGAGCUGGUGAUUCGAGAGCUUGGCUGGGAAUUAUAGAGGCUACAAAUAUAUGUACUGCUGGGGCUGGUGUUUUGAUUGGCGGUGGGGAGUCAGAUCUUUGGGAGAGACCGUGCGUCCCUGGGAAAUCUAUGGAGGAGGUUCGAGAUAGUUUCCAUUACUCUAGAAGACAUGCUUUUAUUAGGGUCUCGGAUCUUUUCAUGGAAGGCUCUAGAGUGUGGAAUGAAGAAUUGAUAAGGGAAAGUUUCGAUGAAGAAGUGGCAAUGUCCAUUUUGCGAAUCAGGCCUUUGGAGACUAGUGAAGACAUCAUUUUUUGGAAAGGAUCAAAGUCAGGGGUGUAUACUGUCAAAAGCGGGUAUUGGUUAAGUCAACACAGUAGAUUCAAGAAUCCUAAUCGCGUUUGGGAAAAGCUUUGGCGGUCUAAGAUUCAUCAAAGAUUAAAGCUUUUUCUUUGGAAAACAUGGUCCGAUGUUCUGCCUUCGAAACAACGUUUAGGAUUGGUUGAUAACACUUGUUCCCUCUGUCAUGUGGCUUCAGAAUCUGCUCUUCAUCUUUUUGGUUCCUGCAGUGUGGUUCGUGCGGCUUGGUUUCAGAGUCGAUGGGGCAUUCGUUUGGAAGAUUUUCAAUGGGAAACAAUUAUGGACUUUGGAGAAUGGUGGUCUCAAGUGAGCGAUGAGGACCUUCAAUUGUUUGCUGCUUGCCUCUGUGAAACGGUAUGGCAUUGGAGGAAUAAGGUAAUUUUUAAAGGUAGCACAUUCUCUUUAACGGGAUUGAUAAAGGACAUUCGAAAAAGAGUUAAGGAGAUGGAGUUGAGAGAUGUUCCUCUGGAAGUGGCUGAUCGAGUUUAUUUCCAUGUCCCGGUUGUGGAGAACCUGGAUGAAAUGCAGUGCUUUCACUGUGAUGCUUCUAUUCUUGAUGAUGCUGCUGGUGUGGCGGCUGUGGAAGUGGUUGAACCAAAUGUGGGUGAUUCCUGGGUGGCUUCUGAGUUCCACACGGUCUCGGGGAUUCUUGAAGGGGAAUUAUUGGCCAUUCUGCUAGCGUUGAAAGUAGCUCGAGAGCAGGGUGUAAGGAAGAUCAAAAUCCUUUCGGAUUCCAAGGUGGCAAUCAUGGCUUUGAACAAUGACUGUUUGCCUUAUGCUUGGGGCACUUAUCCUGUUUUUGAAUCUUGUCGAUGUGUUUGUAAGUGUUUUGAUCUUGUUGUUUUUGCCCAUUGCCCUCGGUCUUUGAACGGUGUGGCUGAUGCGGUUGCGGGUUGGGCGAGAUGUGCCAAGUCCUGCACUUCGGGUCUGCUCAAAGUUGUUGCCCCUUCGGUAGCUUUGAGUUUGUUGUAG